CCGGGCGGCUGCGGGCUCCGCUCGCCCUGCGAGGCGUUGCGGCGGGGCAUGAGGGGCCGCGGGGCACCGCGCCGCAGCGGCGGCGGCAGCAGCAGCAGCAGCGGCGGAGACCGGUGCGAGGCUUAGCCCAGGAGCGGCGGCGGUGGCGGCGGCGGCUCCCCGCAUGUGGGUAGCGGGCCGCCCGCCAUGGAUUGCAGCCUCCUGCGGACCCUCGUCAGCCGCUACUGUGCUGGAGAAGAGAAUUGGGUGGACAGUCGGACUAUUUAUGUGGGGCAUCGUGAACCACCUCCCGGCACUGAAGCAUACAUUCCACAGAGAUUUCCAGAUAACAGGAUAGUCUCGUCAAAGUACACAUUUUGGAACUUUAUACCGAAAAAUUUGUUUGAGCAGUUCAGAAGAAUAGCUAACUUCUAUUUUCUCAUCAUUUUUCUUGUUCAGUUAAUUAUUGAUACACCAACUAGUCCAGUUACAAGCGGACUUCCACUUUUAUUUGUCAUCACUGUAACAGCUAUCAAACAGGGUUAUGAAGAUUGGCUUCGACAUAAAGCUGACAAUGCAAUGAACCAAUGCCCUGUUCAUUUCAUUCAACAUGGUAAACUGGUUAGAAAGCAAAGCCGAAAAUUGAGAGUUGGAGAUAUUGUGAUGGUAAAAGAAGAUGAAACAUUCCCGUGUGACUUAAUAUUUCUAUCCAGUAGUAGAGGAGAUGGAACAUGUUUUGUUACGACAGCUAGUUUGGAUGGUGAAUCCAGUCAUAAGACUCACUAUGCUGUUCAAGAUACAAAGGCAUUUCACAGUGAACAAGAAAUUGAUGCAUUGCAUGCUACGAUUGAAUGUGAACAACCUCAGCCUGACCUUUAUAAAUUUGUUGGUCGAAUAAAUAUUUACCAUGAUAGUAAUGAGCCUACUGCAAGGCCAUUAGGAUCCGAAAAUCUGCUCCUUAGAGGAGCCACUUUAAAGAAUACAGAAAAAAUCUUUGGUGUUGCUAUCUACACUGGCAUGGAAACUAAGAUGGCAUUAAAUUACCAGUCAAAAUCACAGAAACGCUCUGCUGUAGAAAAAUCAAUGAAUGUAUUCCUUAUUGUAUACCUCUGUAUUCUCAUCAGUAAAGCACUCAUAAAUACUGUCCUGAAGUAUGUCUGGGAGCUUGAAGACUCCCGUGAUGAGCCAUGGUAUAAUUGGAAAACAGAGCCAGAAAGGAAAAGGAAUGAGUUCCUUCAAGCAUUUACAGACUUCCUUGCGUUCAUGGUUCUUUUCAACUACAUUAUUCCCGUAUCCAUGUAUGUCACUGUAGAAAUGCAAAAAUUUCUUGGUUCUUAUUUCCUUACAUGGGAUGAGGAGAUGUUUGAUGAAGACACAGGUGAAGGACCACUGGUGAAUACUUCUGACCUCAAUGAAGAGUUAGGACAGAUAGAGUAUGUCUUCACAGAUAAAACAGGAACAUUAACGGAGAACAACAUGGAAUUUGUAGAAUGUUGCAUUGAGGGGCAUGUUUAUAUACCGCAUGUUAUCUGCAAUGGCCAAAUUCUCCAUGAUUGUACAGGCAUUGAUAUGAUAGAUUCUUCUCCAGGAGGAAUUGGAAAGGAGAGAGAGGAGCUAUUUUUCCGAGCUCUUUGUCUUUGCCACACUGUUCAAGUAAAAGAUGAUGAUAAUGUAGAUGGAUUGAAGAAAAACCAUCUCUCAAGAAGAUCUCGUAUAUAUAUAUCAUCAUCACCUGAUGAAGUUGCUUUAGUUGAGGGAAUACAGAGACUUGGUUACACCUAUCUAAGCCUGAAGGACAAUUACAUGGAGAUCUUAAAUCGGGAAAAUAACAGAGAAAAGUUUGAAUUAUUAGAGGUUUUGAGUUUUGAUUCUGUGAGACGGAGAAUGAGUGUAAUUGUUAAAUCUUCAACAGGUGAUAUAUUUCUGUUUUGUAAGGGAGCAGAUUCUUCCAUAUUUCCUAGAGUUAAAGAAGGCAAAAUUGACCAAAUACGAUCCAGAGUUGAACGCAACGCAGUGGAGGGACUGCGAACGCUGUGUGUUGCAUAUAAAAAGCUCACAGCUGAAGAAUAUAGCAAUGCACAGAAGCUGCUUCAAAAUGCAAAGUUGGCCCUCCAGGACCGGGAAAAGAAAUUGGCAGAAGCGUAUGAGAAGAUAGAAAGAGAUUUUAUUUUACUUGGUGCUACAGCUGUUGAAGAUCGGCUACAAGAAAAAGCUGCUGACACUAUUGAAGCACUCCAGAAAGCUGGGAUUAAAGUGUGGGUUCUGACGGGAGACAAAAUGGAGACUGCUGCAGCUACUUGCUAUGCUUGCAAACUCUUCCGGAGAAAUACACAAAUACUUGAGUUAACGACAAAGAAAAUUGAGGAGCAGAGUUUACACGAUGUGCUUUUUGAUCUAAGCAAAACUGUCCUAAGACACAGUGGCAGCCUAACCAGGGAUAGUUUGUCAGGACUUUCAACUGAUAUGCAAGAUUAUGGUUUAAUUAUUGAUGGAGCAGCAUUAUCAUUAAUAAUGAAACCAAGACAAGAUGGGAGCUCAGCUAACUACAGAGAGCUCUUUCUUGAAAUUUGUAGAAACUGCAGUGCAGUGUUAUGCUGUCGAAUGGCACCUCUACAAAAAGCACAGAUUGUAAAAUUGAUUAAGUUAUCAAAGGAGCACCCUAUCACAUUAGCAAUUGGUGAUGGAGCAAAUGAUGUCAGUAUGAUUCUAGAAGCACAUGUUGGUAUAGGAAUCAUUGGCAAAGAAGGUCGUCAGGCAGCAAGAAACAGUGACUAUGCAAUACCUAAAUUUAAACAUUUGAAAAAAAUGUUGCUUGUUCAUGGGCAUUUCUAUUAUGUUAGAAUAUCCGAACUUGUGCAAUACUUCUUUUAUAAGAAUGUCUGCUUCAUUUUUCCUCAGUUUUUAUAUCAGUUCUUCUGUGGAUUUUCACAACAGCCUUUAUAUGAUACUGCGUAUCUAACACUGUACAAUAUCAGCUUCACUUCCCUUCCUAUCCUCUUGUACAGUCUAAUGGAACAACAUGUCAGUGCAGACACACUCAAGAGAGAGCCUUCCUUAUACAGAGAUGUUGCCAAGAAUGCUUUGUUGCGCUGGCGUGCGUUUAUUUAUUGGACAUUCCUAGGAGUGUUUGAUGCUGUGGUAUUUUUCUUCGGUGCCUAUUUCUUGUUUGACAACACAAUUGUGACCAGCAAUGGACAGAUGUUUGGAAACUGGACCUUUGGAACACUGGUGUUUACUGUGCUUGUAUUCACGGUUACGUUAAAGCUUGCACUAGAUACACACUAUUGGACAUGGAUAAAUCACUUCAUGAUCUGGGGAUCACUACUAUUCUACAUUGUCUUUUCUCUGCUCUGGGGAGGAAUUAUUUGGCCUUUUCUCAAUUAUCAGAGGAUGUAUUAUGUGUUCAUGCAAAUGCUCUCUAGUGGUCCUGCGUGGCUGGGUAUAAUUCUGCUCAUAACUGUCAGCCUUCUUCCAGAUGUUAUCAAGAAGGUCUUAUGCAGACAGUUGUGGCCUACAGCAACAGAAAGAAUCCAGAAUGCAUCAAGGCACUGCCGGGACCACAUCUCGGAAUUUACACCUCUUGCCUGUCUGAAAAGCCCAAGAUAUAGGAGCAAUGACUGCAGCAGUUCCCCAGCAAGAAGGUCUAAUUCUCAUUCUAAAAAAAUGAUGUUUACGCACUGGAGAGGCAUUGAUUAUUCAGUACUUCCAUCUGUCUUUGGCUAUUCAAAUAAACAUUGUCGUUCCAGUGCAGGCUACCACUACAGUGGGUCAGGUUUGGAAACAUCUGUAUGACAGAACACCAACUCAAGCCUUUAAAAACUGUACCUUUGUUUAUUUCUUUUUUCAGGAAACAAACAUGUCACAUAUUAAACUAUACGUGGCUUUUGCUGUCUGAGGUAAUGUUCAGACAAACAGGAUCAAGAGCUGGAAGUACGAAACCUUCCAGGCCAAUAGGCCUCUUUUUAUGUUUUGAACUACUGGAGCAAUGAACAAUCUGCACAGUCUGGUACUGUGAGACUGGUAGCACUAAAAUUUCUCUUCAUCCUGUGUCAAGACUUUUGUGCAUUUAUUGCUUCUGUCAUCGUUAGUCAUUUUCUUUGUUACUUGAAGUGUAUAGUUUGAGUCAGUGACCUACAUUUUGAGAUCAACAGUUUUAAUUUUCAGCCAGAAGCGAUGACCUCAGUUAUCUUCAAUGAAAGUCUCCUAAAGCAUAUUUAAAAAGUGCUGUUUCUGAUUUUCCUCUGUCCUUUUUCUUUCUUUGCUCUUUCUGUAGAACAAACUGGUGUUUCCUCUGUGCAAAUCUGCUUUCAAGAAACACUCUCUAAUGUUCACUUCCUUGUAAGUGGCCAAAUCAGGGCUAUGUAUGGUUUUCAGUUAGUUUUCCCCUGUAGAAAGAUAGGCAUAACAA